AUGGCUCCGACCUCUGGAAAGAAGCAACAGUCUUUGACUUCUUUCUUCACUCCUAAAGCAGCUACUGGAAAGCCAGGUCAAUUGCCGCCAUCAUCGCCCCUAGCCGUUGCUUCAUCACCACUUGCACGAAAACGAGCGGUUCCAGACGACAACGACGACAAACCCAGAAAUAGCGCCAAAAGCACAGUCAAGAAACCCCGAAAAGCCUCCGCAAAUGUUGUAGCGCCUGUGUUUGAAGCAGUUGCCAGCGACCAUCCGGCUGAUGCGCCCCUGAGCCACGCACCAACGCCCCGAGCAGAACGAUAUGCCUAUGACGGAUCAAGCUCCCAGAGGCGGGCCGAUGAGGAUGGCGAUGAAAGCGACGCUCUAACUAAGAAGAAGAACGAAGAAUUACAUCGAAAGUUUGUCAAAAAGCUCGGUCACCCUGAUGCCAUGUCCUGGCGAUCAAGGGGCAAUGCACCAGACGGCGGCACACCAGCAGGAGACGAUGAAGACGCCGAGAACGAAGAUGAAGAUGAAGAACCACCAGCACCAGUCAAGGGUAAAAAGAAAGGCGCAAAGACUGGGAAGCUCACCCCGAUGGAGCUGCAGUUUCUGGAUAUCAAGAGGAAGCAUAUGGAUACCAUUCUCAUCGUAGAAGUUGGAUAUAAAUUCCGAUUCUUCGGUGAGGAUGCAAGAAUUGCUGCUAAAGAGCUUAGCAUCGUGUGUAUUCCCGGUAAAAUGAGAUAUGAUGAGCAUCCGUCCGAGGCCCAUUUAGACAAAUUUGCGUCAGCUAGUAUCCCGGUUCAUCGUCUGCCUGUCCAUGCGAAACGUCUAGUCGGCGCAGGCCACAAGGUGGGCGUUGUUCGUCAGGUUGAAACGGCUGCUCUGAAGAAGGCCGGAGAUAAUCGCAACACACCCUUCGUUCGCAAACUCACCAACCUCUACACCAAGGGGACAUACAUUGACGAGAAUGGGGAGCUGGAUGUGCAACAAGGAGGCGCGCCGGCUGCUGGCUAUUUGCUCUGCAUCACAGAAACAAAAGCCAAGGGCUUAGGCACCGACGAGAAGGUUGAUGUCGGCAUUCUUGCUGUCCAGCCAGCCACUGGAGACAUUAUAUAUGAUAACUUCGAGGAUGGUUUCAUGCGAAGCGAGGUCGAAACCAGACUCUUGCACAUCUCACCCUGCGAGUUUCUUAUCGUGGGAGAGCUCAGUGCAGGCACAGAAAAGCUCAUACAGCAUCUGUCCGGUAGCACCACCAACGUGUUCGGGGACAAGAGCAGAGUGGAGAGAGUUCCUAAGAGCAAGACUGUGGCCACGGAGGCUUACUCUCAUGUUACAGAAUUCUACGCUGAUAAGCUGAAGGCUUCAUCUGGAGAUGGCGUGGCAAAUGGCAUCCUGGACAAGGUCCUGAAGCUUCCAGAGCCUGUCACAACCUGCCUAUCAGCCAUGAUAUCCCACCUGACAGAAUAUGGUCUUGAGCACAUCUUCGACCUCACCAAAUAUUUCCAGAGCUUUUCUACCCGAUCGCAUAUGCUUAUCAACGGUACAACUCUCGAGAGCCUUGAAGUCUACCGCAACUCGACAGAUCAUGCCGAGCGCGGAAGUCUUUUUUGGGCGGUUGACAAGACACUCACCCGCUUUGGCCAACGACUGUUGCGGAAAUGGGUUGGUCGCCCAUUACUGAAUAGGGAGCAUCUGGAGGCUCGCCUUGCCGCCGUCGAGGAGUUGCUCGAGAAGCAAUCCACUGGCCCAGUCGACCAACUCGAGAGACUUCUAAAGAAUACCAGGACUGACUUGGAGCGCAGUCUGGUACGAAUUUACUACGGGAAGUGCACUCGCCCUGAGCUGCUCUCUGUCCUUCAGACUCUGCAGCGAAUCGCAAACCAAUACGCAGCCGUAAAAUCGCAAUCUGAUACCUCGUUCGAUGCUCCACUUCUCAACGACGCAAUAUGCUCACUUCCCCAGAUCCUCGACACCGUGAACUCGUACCUGGAGCAGAUAAAUCUCGAGGCCGCCCGCAAAGAUGACCGCUACGGCUUCUUCCGCGAGGAGUAUCAGACAGAGGAGAUUCAAGAUCAUCAGAUGAGCAUCGCGCAUGUCGAGCACGACCUCGACAGCCACCGGGCCGAAGCAGCCCAGAAAAUCAAGAAGAUGAAAAUCGAGUAUACGACUGUCGCCGGCAUUGAAUAUCUCAUCGAGGUGCCCAAUUCCGACAUUAAGCAUGUUCCUGCCUCAUGGUCCAAGAUCUCGGGAACCAAAAAGGUCUCUCGAUUCCACACCCCCGAGAUCCUACGCCUCACUGCUGAGCGCGACCAACACCGCGAGGCCCUCGCCGCUAGCUGUGACCAAGCCUUCAAGGAUCUCCUUGGCAAGAUAUCAGAUGACUACCAGCCUUUACGCGACGCCAUCUCUUCACUCGCAACCCUGGACUGCCUUCUCUCCCUCUCCAAGGUUGCCGCCCAGCCAGGAUACACGAAGCCAGCCUUCUUGCCAGACUCCGACCCUCCCUCCAUCUCCAUCACCCAAGGUCGUCAUCCCAUAGCAGAGCACACCCUUGAAAGCGGAUAUAUCCCUUUUACUACCAGCUUAGCAAACCCCGCACCGCUUGCCAAUCUCAUCACAGGCCCUAACAUGGGCGGCAAGUCGUCCUUUGUUCGGGCCCUUGCCCUCAUUGUCCUUCUCGGCCAGAUUGGUUCAUUUGUCCCUGCAGACUCCCUCUCCCUCACUCUCUGCGAUGCAAUCCAUACCCGGACGGGUGCCCGGGACAACUUAUUUGCGGGCGAGUCUACCUUCAUGGUCGAGGUCUCAGAGACGGUCCGUAUUCUAAAGUCCGCAACGCCCCGCAGCCUCGUCAUCCUGGAUGAGCUUGGCCGUGGCACGAGCACCCACGAUGGUGCUGCCAUUGCUCAGGCCGUUCUUCAUCACGUGGUCACCGAAACCCGCUGUCUUACCCUCUUCAUUACCCACUAUCAGAAUCUUGCUCGUGUUACAGAAGGUCUUGAAGGCGUGAAGAACAUUCACAUGAAGUUUACGGCAGAGACCGGGCCAGACGGUGAGGAGGAGAUAACGUUCCUUUAUGAGCCCACAGAGGGAGUUGCCCACCGCUCUUACGGUCUCAAUGUUGCCCGAUUGGCUAGAAUCCCCCGAAAAAUAUUGGACGUGGCAUCGUUCAAAUCUGGACACAUGGAAAAGACAAUGCGGGCUAGGCAACUAAGCGGAGCUUGUAGAGCUCUAGCCGACACUCUUGGACCUAACGGGACUCAAAAUCUGGAUCAUCUCAUAGCAAGCAUCGAACAGCUUUAA